GGCCAUGGCCGCCCUCAACGGCGCGGUGGAGAACGGGCAGCCUGACAGGAAAGUGCCGCCGCUGCCGCGGCCCCUGCGGAGCCUGGAGGUGAAGUACACCAAGAUAUUUAUUAACAAUGAAUGGCAUGAGUCUACAAGUGGAAAGAAGUUCCCCACCUACAACCCUUCAACGUUGGAGAAAAUUUGUGACAUUGAGGAAGGAGACAAGCCUGAUGUGGAUAAUGCGGUGGAAGCAGCGAAGGCAGCAUUCCAGAGGGGGUCUCCAUGGAGACAGAUGGAUGCCCUAAGCAGGGGACGACUCCUGCACAAGCUGGCUGAUCUUCUUGAGCGAGACAGAGUCAUCCUGGCGACUCUGGAAACAAUGGACACAGGAAAACCUUUUCUGCAGGCUUAUUUCAUUGACCUGGAAGGUUGUAUAAAAACGCUCCGAUAUUACGCUGGAUGGGCUGAUAAAAUUCAGGGCAGAACUAUCCCAGUGGAUGAGAACUUUGUCUGUUUCACCAGGCAUGAACCAAUGGGUGUCUGUGGAGCUAUAACUCCAUGGAACUUCCCAUUGCUAAUGCUGGUUUGGAAGAUGGCACCAGCGCUGUGCUGUGGAAACACUUUGGUUAUUAAGCCAGCUGAACAAACUCCUCUCACAUCGCUGUACAUCGGCUCGCUGAUCAAAGAGGUGGGUUUCCCUCCAGGUGUGGUGAACAUUGUGCCAGGCUAUGGCCCCACAGCUGGAGCUGCUAUUUCUACCCAUCACAGCAUUGAUAAAAUUGCUUUUACUGGAUCAACAAAGGUUGGAAAACUGAUCAAGGAAGCUGCUUCUAAAAGCAACCUCAAAAGGGUGACAUUAGAGCUUGGAGGGAAAAACCCCUGCAUUGUGUGUGCAGAUGCAGACUUGGACUUGGCAGUGGAAUGUGCCCAUCAAGGUGUGUUCUUCAAUCAAGGGCAGUGCUGCACAGCUGCCUCGCGAGUGUUUGUGGAGGAGCAGAUAUAUCCAGAGUUUGUCAAGCGCAGCGUGGAGUAUGCCAAGAAGCGACUUGUUGGAGACCCCUUCGAUGCCAGAACUGAACAAGGGCCCCAGAUUGAUCAAAAACAGUUUGAUAAAAUCCUGGAGCUGAUAGAAAGUGGGAAGAAAGAAGGAGCUAAGCUGGAGUGUGGGGGUCUUGCCAUUGAAGACAGAGGCCUGUUUAUAAAACCCACUGUGUUUUCGGAAGUCACUGACAACAUGCGUAUCGCCAAAGAAGAGAUUUUUGGGCCAGUUCAGCCAAUUAUGAAGUUCAAGAGUAUAGAAGAGGUCAUAAGAAGAGCCAACAGUACUGAGUAUGGACUUACGGCUGCAGUGUUCACAAAGAAUCUGGACAGAGCAUUGACACUAGCUUCUGCAUUGCAAUCAGGAACUGUCUGGAUCAACUGUUACAAUGCGCUCUAUGCACAGGCUCCUUUUGGUGGCUUUAAAAUGUCAGGCAAUGGCAGAGAACUUGGUGAAUAUGCUUUGGCAGAAUACACCGAAGUGAAAACAGUCACCAUUAAACUCUCCCAGAAGAGUCCAUGAAAACAGAAGGCCUAAAAUGCUGACACUCUGAAUGUGACACAUGGGGGACGUGUUCAGAGCAAGGGGGAGGGGAGGGGUAGGAAGAAAAUGGAAACACCUAACUUUAUUCCUCUAGAAACACUGAAUCUACUGGACUCCAUUUUGUCAACUGGCUCUUUGAAAACUGAUUUAACUGACCCUACUGGCAGCAUAGCACACACUUGUACUGUACAAGUCCCUGGCUGUACAUCUGUCUGCUCCCUGUGACUAAAAUGCUGGUCAGUCACAGUGUUUGCAGGACAUCUGCUUUCAAACUGUACCCAUGAAGGACGUGGACAUCAAUGGCAUGUUAGAGAGACUUCUGGUACCAUUAUCACGGACUGUUAAAACACCUUCAGAGACAUAUAGGUUUCACUUGGCAUAAAUGGACUUGAGUGGUAGGGUUAAUACAACUUGACUGAAGUUGGUGGAGUCUGUGUGAAGAUUGGAGCUGGAGUUUGGAAUGGGAGUGCAAGCUUUCAUGGGAGGAUCUGUAAAGAAAUUAUCUUUGAAAGAGCUAUCUUGGUCUCUCUAAAGAUACAUGCAUUCUCCAUAUUGGUGAUAUUCUAGCCUGGAAUGAGAUUCCUGGGAGUUUCCUAGAGGACUCCUUUGGGGCCAGUAUUUCACCCAACAAAGCUAGACUUUAAAGUGUCCUUGGAACCUGAUGUUUUGGUGUGCACACAUUACACAUGCUGCAAAUGCAAGUUACUGACUUGCUAACCCUUCUGGCUCUGAACGAGUCACAAUUGUAUCUCAAACCUUCACUAUAGCACUUUUUGCAAGAGGAUUUUGCACUGUACUUACCGUGA